AUGAGUGUUCGUGUUGGCUUGUUGCACAAUAUUCUGUCAAUAUUGCACAAUAUUGCUGUCUAUAUUCUGAUCUUCGAUCAAAAAUUUAACACAGAACCGGAAAUUAAAUACAAGAAAAGUCGCUGCUGCCAGGAGUUCGGUGUAACUACAAACACAUCUUGGCUGGUGAACGGCUCAGCAGAUUCGUACACAAGCAGACCCUCAGACUCUGAUGUCUCUUUGGAAGAAGAUAGGGAAGCAAUCCGCCAAGAAAGAGAACAACAAGCAGCUAUACAACUUGAAAGGGCAAAGUCCAAACCAGUAGCGUUUGCUGUUAAGACUAAUGUGAGUUACUGUGGAGCUCUGGAUGAAGAUGUUCCUGUCCCAAGCACUGCCAUCUCGUUUGAUGCCAAGGACUUCCUACACAUCAAAGAGAAAUAUAACAAUGACUGGUGGAUAGGAAGGCUGGUUAAGGAGGGCUGCGAGAUUGGCUUUAUUCCAAGCCCGCUUAGACUGGAGAAUAUCCGCAUUCAACAGGAGCAGAAGAGAGGACGUUUCCAUGGAGGGAAAUCGAGUGGAAAUUCUUCUUCAAGUCUCGGAGAAAUGGUUUCUGGCACAUUUCGAGCCACACCCACUUCCACGGCAAAACAGAAACAAAAAGUGACAGAACACGUUCCCCCAUAUGAUGUAGUACCAUCAAUGAGACCUGUUGUCUUGGUGGGUCCGUCACUGAAAGGCUAUGAGGUGACAGACAUGAUGCAGAAAGCUCUCUUUGACUUCCUGAAGCACAGGUUUGAUGGGAGGAUAUCAAUAACUAGAGUGACAGCUGACAUUUCUCUUGCUAAGAGGUCUGUUCUAAAUAAUCCGAGCAAGAGGGCAAUAAUUGAGCGGUCAAAUACAAGAUCCAGUUUAGCUGAAGUACAGAGUGAAAUUGAAAGAAUCUUUGAGCUGGCGAGGUCCUUACAACUGGUGGUCCUAGAUGCAGACACUAUCAAUCACCCUGCACAACUUAUCAAGACAUCUUUAGCACCAAUUAUUGUCCAUGUUAAAGUGUCUUCUCCGAAGGUUUUGCAGCGACUGAUUAAAUCUAGAGGAAAGUCACAAAGUAAACACUUGAAUGUUCAGUUGGUGGCAGCUGAUAAACUUGCACAAUGCCCACCAGAAAUGUUUGAUGUAAUUUUGGAUGAAAAUCAGCUUGAAGAUGCUUGCGAACACUUGGCAGAAUAUCUUGAGGCAUACUGGCGUGCUACUCACACCACCAGUAGCACACCCAUGACUCCUCUCCUGGGGCGAAAUUUAGGAUCCACUGCACUUUCACCAUAUCCUGCUGCAAUCUCUGGAUUACAGAGCCAGCGUAUGAGGCACAGCAGCCAUUCUACAGAGAACUCUCCAAUUGAGCGACGAAGUCUAAUGAUUAGCAGGAACCGCUUGGCUUCCAGUUCCCAACACAGCCGAGAUCACUAUCCUCUAGUGGAAGAAGAAUACUCUGACUCAUACCAGGACACUUACAAACCCCAUCGGAACCGAGGAUCCCCUGGAGGAUACAGCCAUGAUUCACGACACAGGCUUUGAGUUCAAGAACCUGGGGAAAAAUAGUAUCCAUCAGUUGAUAACUUGCCAUAACGUAGCUAGGAAAAAAAAAAAAAAAAUCAUCUGAAUUUGGCAGAUGUAACGCGGUUAUACUGAAGUUGCACUCUGCUGUCAUUUGAUGUUAAGUAGGGGGCAAAAAAAAGUUGCCAUGCCCUUACGUUUCUGCCCGAUCACAGAGGUUGGUUUUGGGAUUUAUUUUUUUUUUUUAGUACAGCAUUUGCAUUUAUAGCCAUACUUUUUCUUGUCGUUAGAUAUUAGACACAUCCGUUUGUAAUUUAGGGUACUUAUCAAGGCACUUAUGAAAUAAUUUCCUGUGCUGGAAAUUCCAAAUGACCAGUUCCAGUUGGAACCAAUUUAUAAACCAAUUCCUGUUGGAAUUUGGGUGAACUGACUGGAAAGUCGACUUGAGCAUGUUGCAAUCA